UACAAUACUAUACCCUUAAAAGUAAAUACUGCCCAGAGAGUGAGCUGCCUUAAUGGUGGUUUGUGCUUCUUGUACUUAUAUUAGUUUGGUAUGUUUGUUUUUGCCGUAUCUCACAGAAUCCUUAGAUUCUUAGAUCCAGCUCCUGUGUCAGUUUGGCCCACCUCUGGUAAAAUUUUGAUGGAAAUCUAUCAAUAAGUUUUUGAUUAAGCUUCUUAACAGACAGAUAAUCCAACCAUAUAACUGCCAUUAAUCUCUCCUGUAAGUUACAGUCACAGCAAAUGUAACCUUUGAAAGGAAAAAAGAUGCACACAGCCUGAAACUCUCUGAGACGAGAUAUACAGGACCAGAAAACACAGUGUAACCUGAUAUAUUUUGAUACAAAAUUUGAAAAGAGCUUGGUUGGCAUUUACAUACUUGUUUUUCUAUCAUCUGAUUGGCAGUCAUCCUUCUUUCAAGGAGUCCCUAUAGUUUCACAUUUCAAAUUGGUUCCAUGUGCAGAGCAGGCGCCUGGGUUUAAAUUGCCACAUGGAAACCACAAACCUCUUCUCUUCUCUUCUCUUCUCUUCUCUUCUUCCUGCACUGCAUGCUGGGAGUGUGAGUGAAUGGGUGUGUGAAGGUGUUUGGUGAGUGCGUGGAGCUGCUGAGUGAGUUUGGGACAUUUGGACUGUUUUUUUCCAGAAAACUUUGGGCUUUAUGGGUGGUUAACAGGCCUGGCGAGUGUGGUCCAAACUCUGGUGUGGUCACAAAUGGAUCCUACUUCUUACCCCUCUUUUCCUUCUCUUCCUCAUGAUCUUUGUGAUGACAGUCACCCUGCCACUCCCUUCACCACCCGCUCACAUCGCCUGGAGGUCGUCCCGGGCCCUGAGUUCUACGGGGGAGUUCAGGUCCAGGAACAGGAUUGUGGAGACCCUUCCAGCUGCUGGCUUCCAGCAGCCACUCACUCACAUGUACAGCAGGAGCUUGAGAAGCAGCAGUAGAAGAGAGACAUCUAAACAUUCUGUGCCACUUAAACCUUUCGGGGACGCUGCUGGCAAUGACAAAAACAGCAUCAAAGAGAGACGUCGCGCUGACAUACAAAGAAAUAAACACAAAAGCAAAGGCAUUGCCUCCAAGAGAAAAGAGCUGGCAGGCGCCAGCCAGCCAGCCAGUCAUCACCGUCCCCAUCCAGAGUUUAUAGACAACAACAUGCUGCCAAAGCACAGAAUUAAACCAAGCAACCACAGUGCUGUGGCAACGCAAGCUACACAAACAUACAUUUAUCUUGAAAAGAGUGCUUCAGCAGAUCCCAUAGAAAGUGAGACAGGAGCUGCAGAUAGACAGGCAGCCAAAUUUUGGUUUAGACACACAAACAGGAAUGCAGACAAACGGAUACAUGGCAGCCAUACAAGUGCAAAGAUAGCACAACAACACCUGGGUUUAAAAAAACACAACCAACCAACAAAACACAAUCUGAAAUCAGGCAAUGUGCAGGCUGUUGGAUAUUUCAUAAAACACCGUAAUCUCUCUGAGGAUCCCUCAGAUGCGAAAAAGAUCCCGGGAUCACUGGCCAACAGAAAGGCUUUGUCCAAACCAGAGGUCGCUGUGAUGGAAGAUGACAUCGACUGGUGUCAAAGCUUUACAGAGCAGGACUUCCCAGACAGCGACCGCAGAAGGAUCAGGGCCGACUUGCACCGCCUUCCCUGGUUCAGCAGGGAAGACAUCCAGAAGAUUGAGUUCCUCGCUAAGGGCGAGGUGGUUAGCAAGACCAGGAUGCCGGGACACGGACAGGUGCUCCAAGUGGCACUGGAUGCUCCAGCAGACCAGCAGAAGCCAUCCGUGAUGAAAAACUCACAUCAGCACGGAGAAGGACGUGGACGUUCAACUACCCACAGUGAGCGCUGUCAGCAGGGCUGCUGCGCCCUGGUCAAGCGCACUGAUGACUGGAUUGAAGUGUUCGCCUUCCACCUGGACAGAGUGCUGGGACUCAACAGAAGUCUCCCCGCAGUUCUGAGGACCUUUCAUAGCCACGUGCUGCCCAACAGGUACAUUAAUGGCACCCCCAGACCUGCUGUGUGGUGGGACCCAGAUAUUCACCACCUUUCCGAUGAAGACAAUGACCAGAACUCAAUACAGCUCAGCUGGGUUCACUACCAGAAACUGCUAAAAGCUCGCUGUGGGAGUGAAACAGACCUGAGGUCAGCCCCCUGCGUGGGAGUGCAGCACUCAGAGUGGGGAAGCCUAGCUCUUUUUGACUUCCUGCUGCAGGUAAACGACCGGCUGGACAGGUACUGCUGUGGAUUCAUACCUGAUCCCGCAGAACUUUGCGUGGAGAACCUGCUUUAUGCAAAGUGUGCCAACACCAAAGACCUGCUGCUGGUUCACAUCCUGGUGAGGAAGACGGAUCCCUCCACACUGGUGUUUAUAGAUAAUGCAGGGAGACCACAACAGUCCACAGACAACCUCAACUUCAAGCUGGUUGAGGGCAUUGAUGAAUUUCCAGAGAAAGCUGUGUCUGUGCUGCGCUCAGGCUGUCUGGAAAGUCUUCUGCUACGCUCCCUUUACACAGACAGGGAAUUCUGGGACAGCCACGGCGGGUCCAGCGGUCUCGGGCCUCUCAUCCACAUGGUGGAGCAGAGAGGAAAAAUUCUCCUGCAGCACAUCGGGGACAAAAAGCUUCAGCUCAAGAGGGAUCUGUGACUGACCUGAUCAGGCCAGCCUGGAUUAUAAAGUAGAUGCAAACUGCAUCUAUUAGCUGUCGUCAAAGAGAGCAAGAGUCUCUGGAAGAAAAGAAGCCUGCAGCAAUGAAAUGCAUUGUAUAAUUUAAAGCACAAACGUCAUUAAGAUUGAAAAGUGCGCCGAGGCACAAUGAAAACAGAUUUAGAAUGGUUUUUGCAGUGCAGAGUCAUCCAGGGCUUGCAUGGUGGAAUAAAAUAUUUAAAUGUGUGCAAACAGAUCAACAAAGCAACAAAGUGGACUGAAACACUGGGAGCUAAGUGCACUGCCUGGCAGCCCGAGCCCAGCAAUUCAUGAACAUGUUUGACUUUUUCACUUCAUAUACGCCUUUCAUUCUUCGUUGGUUAGUCUUAGUGUUCUGUAGUAUUGGCUGUACAGCAGAUACAGUAUUUUUAAAAGGUGCAACUGCAACUGCUUUUAGGUCAGCUGGAGAGAUGGACCCCUGUGCUCUUGCAUUCUGGUCUGCACUUUGUAAAGAUGCUAAAGGGCCCUCUAGACUGACCAAAUGUCAGCAUGUGGUGCUUUUAGAGUAAGAUUGAGUUGAUACAAAGCACUCUGAAACUUUCUAAAGGUAUAUUGCAAUUUGCGUUAUUUCACCAAGUCCUACCACAAAAGACAGUUCUGUUUUCACUUAAAGUUUGAUGUCUAGGCUUCAAGCUCAUCACUCCCACCACAUAUGAUUCACACAGAAACUAGGGAGUGAUGACUAAACAUCCUCCCUGGAGCCUACAGGUUGAUGGAGGUAGAGACCCCGGACAGCAGAGCCAUUAAUAUGUCAGAGGGAGAAAUGGGAAAUUUGGGAAUGAAGGAAGACCGCUAAGGUUUCGGCAGGUAUAUGACAUAAGGAGAGAUAGUGUGUAUGACUUACCAGCCUGAGCUCACAAGCUUCACUCCAUUUAAUUCAUUACAAAAUAAAGUGUGUUGUCAUGUCUCUGCUUUAGCCAUUUUUAUUGUUAUUAUUCAGGAAACAGAUUCAAAACUAAACCUGAAGAUGUGUCAUUGUGUGUACCCGGUUAAAAAAAGAGCCAGCAGUCCUAAAUUUGAUUGACUCAAAUUAGGGCUGGGCGAUAUGACCCAAAAUUCAUAUCUCGAUAUUUUUUUGCUGGAUGGCGAUAUACGAUAUAUAUCUCGAUAAAAAACUUUUUUAAAGCCAUGAUGUAAGAACAAAAAGAGAGUUGUGUCAUGGUCUGGUUGGGCACCUGCAGGUCUCAGACAGCGGCUCCUCCUCCUUUAGGCGGAGUCCGGUUGCCCCUCCCGGGCUGACCACCUGUGAGCAAUCGUGCCAGCGGUAUAUCAGACCUGCGCUCUCAACCCCUCAUCGCCUGAGUAUCUGCUAUUCUCAGUGAUAGCACCCGGAGUGGAGAUCUUGUUCCCCUCGCUCCCAUCCUCCUGGACCGGGGCCGCCAGCUGCUUACACAACGUGGCCUGCCGGCCCACCGCUCACCUGCCUGCCUCCCCACGCCUCGACCGCUUCCGGAUUUUCUCCCCCUCCUGUCCCCUCCAUCUGAAACCAAGUAAGGCAAUUCAAUUCAACUGCGGAGGAUUGUUGGUUGUCUGCUGGAUCCCUCUGAUCGUGAUCUCCUCUUGUUCCAGUGCCCCCGGCCCCUGCCUAGUCCUGUUUCUACCUCCCCGCUGUCAGCUGUCUCCUAGAGGUGUCUAGGUCGCCCUCAUUAUCCCUGACGAACCCUACGCGCCACUAGUGUGGUGGCGUCGCUUUAUGUUUUACCUUUGUUUACCUGUGGGCGGAAUAAAUCAUUUGUUUUCAGUCACCUCGCUUCCGGGUUGGUUUCUGCGCCUGUGUCCAUCCCUGUUCCCUCGUGCCGCUGGGCCGUGACAAGUUGUUAGUCAAAGCUGUGGCCCAGAUGUCACACAGGCACUUUUAUUAACAUACAGCGUAGAUGUACAUGAAGAAAUUACUCAAAAAUAAAUUAUCAGCAUUUAUUAAAUCAGUGGUU